AUGCUCUCCCUUCACAUGGACCCUCUUGUUGACGAGCAGCAGGACAUGGAGGCGCGAUCGGAUGACGCCAUGGAGAAGAUAACGACGAGCGGGAGUUAUAGCGGGAGCACGACGCCGACAAGCUCUACAGGCACUGGGACCACUACAAUGAGCAACGAAGGCGAUGGAGCAAGACUGGGAUACAAGGGCAAAGCUUUGCGUUCUUGGGCACAGCUCCCUGCUGAGCUUAUACGCCUCAUCGCAUCAUGCUGCCUGAAGCUACUGGCCGAAACUGGCACUCUCCCAAUGAAUUGGACCCCGCCCUACAGCCAUCCCCACCGCCAGCCAGGUUACAGCGAGCGCCAAGUUUAUAUCAUCGCCCGCGACCAUCGCCAGCUCGAAGCUCUCAUGAGGAUCUCACCAAAAUGGUGUAUAGCCAUCGAAGAACACCACUUUUGGCGCAGCGCAAUAAAACUCUUUGAUCCUUUCAAUGUGUUUGCUGCCUAUGCAUGGGCUAUUCCCCCCAACCCCCAUUCCAACUCUACUUCCUCUGCCGGCGUCCCCGCUACGCCAUACCGCCACUUCUACGGCAUCUACAGCAACUCCUGUCUUCCUUGCCGUAUCAACGCGCCGCAUACUAACACCGGCGUUGGCGUUGGCCGCAAGGUCUUCGAUACUGCCCGUCUUGGACCCAUCUACGUCUGUAAGGAACACCACGGACCUCGUCGCCGCCGCUGGUGCGAAGUUUGUCUUAAAGACAUCGAAAUGCUCCGACACUAUCGCCGCGAGGCAGCAUAUGCCGCCCAAGAAGAACUAGCCAGGGCAGACCAAAGGGUUGAUGCCGUUCGGCGCUGGGGAAACGAGGAUCUCAAUGCUGCUCAAGCGGCCCGCAAAGACGCUUAUACUCGCUACCAACACGCACAAAAAGCGCUCGAGGAGGCUCAUAGUUCCCUACUGGAGACACGCGUCAGCGAUUUGCUCGAGGAAGAGGACGAGAGCUCGUUCGUAUUUGGCUGUGCCUUCUCCGUCUGCAAGCAGUGCCGAGCCGAAUGGGUCUGGCGUUGUGCGGUGCUUAACACAGGCAUUGCGCGUGAUCGCGAGGCCAUUGAGAAGGGCCAGCCGCUUGCAAACGAUGUCGAGCCUCUGGAUUGGUCCGCUCCUUCUGACUCAUACGAGCCCGCAAAGACGUUGGGUCUAGGCCAACGAAUCGGGGUCUUCAAUCCUACCGACAGUGUCGUUCGCGAUUCGCUGAGAACAUACCUUGAAUUUGGCGAGGGCAGUCUUGUCAGUGUUCUCCAGAUGGCUGAAGAACGCGGUUGGUUACGGGGACAAACAAAAUGGAGCGAAAUGAUGGGUAUGGUGUUGGCUACAAGGGGCUGGGAUGGCGAAGAAAACGACAUCGAGCCAGUGCGGGCGCGCAGUCCGUCUCCCGAGGCGUUGCCGCCAAAUGCGGUGUCUGGUACAUAUGGACCCACCGACGAAGUCGAAAAUGCAAAACGCGAUUAUUCUCAACCAGGACAAUGGGCUGGUAAGACCAUUGCACUGCAACAAGCUUAUCGAAGGUCGCUUUCGCUUUCGCCAACGGAGGACGACGACUUUUCCGACGAAGAUAUCGAUUUGGAGGUAGAGGAAGAAUUGAAUGUCAGAGAUCUUGCUCUGGGAGACUGGGCCAGAGGGAGAAUACUGGAUGGGAGCUGGGUAACGCCUCUCGACAUUUACUAUCUCGUAAAGGUGAAGAGGAUAGAACAUCCUGAUACGGGUAUUCGUGCGACCCAUCCAGUACCGUGGUCGAUAACUUCCUCGCCAUCCGAAGCCUCGUCAAAAGACCUGUCUCCACUCGACCCAGUGCCUGAAGAGGUGCAUCCUGGCCUGCCUGGGCCACCCAUCCCCAACCCUGUCCUUGCGGACCUUGCCCAUGCCGCUCAUGUCCGCCAACUCCGCACACUGCUCCUCCCGCCGAUGAAGAAUGUCGUUCGAAGACUUGUUAUGGAAUGUGCUUUGGAUGCAUGUGAAGCGGAGGCUGAAAACGAGAAGAAGCGUGUGGUUAUAUCAGACCCCGCUAUUCGCGCUACCCGCAUAACACUGGAGGAGGUGAUUAAGGAGUUGAGGGAGGAAGAGGGGGUAUGGUUUGACGGGGUCGAUUGGAGCGAACGGAGACGAAAUCUGCGAGCAGAGGCAGAAGGACUCGAAGACAGGAGUCCAACGCUAUCGACAUCUACAUUGGCGACAACAGACUUGGAAAAGUCGUCAAUAACUAUCGCUGUCGACCCGGUUCGGAACCCACCCAAGCUUUUGCACUCAAUUCCUUACGUGCCGGAGACAAUUGAGCAUCUUCCGCCGUAUAGCCAGGACAUUUUGCGAUCUGUUUGGCGAGAAGCCUGCGCUCCUCUCUAUCAUUGCCGCUGCACGAUUUGUGUUCGCGCUGCUCAAGAACAGGCCCGCGCGGCUGAUGCGCUUAUUGCUCAGACUACUCAGCAAGUUAUAGCCCCUACCUCUGACAACGCUACCGCCAAAGAACGACGUGAAUGGGCCGACCGCGAGCAUGCUAAUAACGACACCGAAAACGGGCCUUUCGUGGUCCAAAUCCCCGAAGAAGAGCAGGAGCAUGGGGUUGAGACUGUGAUCUCUGUUGUUUCGGAUGACAAUGUCUACGAGGAUAAUGAGCAGCAAGACGGAGAGUUUCUGGAUCGCGAUGCGCCGUUAUGGGACGAGGCGUUGCAGUAUGCAGCGGAGCUUUCGGAGGACGAGGAGCGGUCCAGUUUGGAUUCAUUCACCGACUACGAGCAUGAAGAUUACGCUGCGCAAACCAAGCCGCGGCUGAUGCUCCGCUCUGUCUCACGCAAACGCUCUUUUGAGGAGGAAGCUACAACUGCUCCCAAGCGCGCUCGCACAAAAGAGCCUCCUGUCAUCAAGAUUCCGCCCGGCGCUAGCCCAGUCAAACGCCGUUCGGAGGAGCUGGAGCCAGAUGAGGAGAGUGACCCGCGGACAUGGAGCGACGGGUCUGGCGAGACGAAGCGUGCUCGCCGUACUUGA